GGUCUCCCCACCCGGUGCCAAUCAUGGACGCACACAGGUAGGGGGCACCACCCAACCAAAACAGGCCUGCCAGAAGCCCCGUGCAGGCCGUCACCCCGCCCCGUGUGAGAGGCACCCUCGGUCCCCAUCCAGCCCUGAGCUCCAGGCUGCUGCAGAGGGGCCCAGAGCUGUGGUCUGGGUGUCACAAACCGCAGGCAGAAGCUGCGGGCCCCAGGCGCACAUGGACCAGGGAAGGGGGCCGCCUACCGGCCAGCUGCACCGAGAUGGGACCACACCCACUCGAGAGAGUACAAAAGCGUAACCACAGCCUUGGGGCUGCAGAGCAGUGAGCGGCCCAGCCGGAGUCUCCGAGGCCCCAGCCAUCCCAGAUGGGUGAAGCUGGGGCGCCCGCCGCCGUCCCCGUCCCCGGGAACGGGACCGGCUCUGAGGGCUGCAGCACGGAGAGGAGCGUCCUGUCCCAGGCGGCCACCAGCGUCUCCAUCUAUGUCAUCUUGGCGCUGGGGCUGCCGCUCAACGGCCUGGGGCUCUGGGUGUUCUGGUGCCGCCUGCGCAGGUGGACCGAGACCCGCGUCUACAUGGCCAACCUGGUGGCGGCCGACUGCCUGCUGCUGCUGAGCCUGCCGGGAGUGCUGCACACGCUGGGCCAGGCGGCGGGGGCCCAGGAGGGCGUCGUGUGCAGGGUCGUGCAGAGCUUCUACUACAUCAACACCUACAUGAGCAUAUGCCUCAUCACGGCCAUCGCCACCGACCGCUACGCCGCCCUGCGCUUUCCGCUGCGGUCUCGCGCCUGGCGCAGCCCCCGCCAGGCCGCCCUCACCUGCCUGGCCCUCUGGCUGCUGGUGUUCGGGGCCGUGGCCCUGCCGGCGUCCUGGCUGCGCGCGGGGGAGAGCUUCUGCUUCGGCCGGGGCCGCACCCGGGGCCCCAGGACCCUGGCCUUCUCCCUGCUGCUCUUCCUCCUCCCGCUGCUGGUCCUCAGCUUCUGCUCCUGGCAGGUGCUCCGGCACCUGACCCGCAAGCGCGCGCGGUCCCCGCCCCAGGACGCCGCCCACAUCCUCAGGGCCCUGCACGUGGUGGCGGCCAACUUGGCCACCUUCCUGCUCUGUUUCCUCCCACUGCACGUGGCCUUGCUGGCCAUGCUGGUGGCCCGGUGGACAGACGCGGCCUGCCCCACUCUCCAGGCGGUGGCUGCCUUCGUGCAGGUGACCUCCCGCAUUGCCAACGCCAACUGCUGCCUGGACGCCGUCAGCUACUAUUUUGUGGCCAAAGAGUUCCAGGAGGAGGUGGGGGCCGUCCUCAGCACGUCCCGGCCUUUCCGGGGACGGAUGCAGAGCGCUCCUACACGUGACUACCCUGACUGGGCCGUCCAGGCGUGGACGGAUGAGGACAACAGCUCGGGAGAGGCCCCACGCAUGGCCCUGCAGCACGUGCCGCGGGGAGCCCCGGGCCCCCCCGAGGCGACUCUUCCCCCCUCCGCGGCGUGCGCCAGAAGUAGCCUCACUGUGCACGUGUGACUUUGGAUUUACGGGUCCUGGGGACGUGGACUCUCCCUCAGCAAAUAGAAUUUAACCAAGGCAUUAAAAAAUUGCCACCCCACGGAUCUCUUUUCCCAGACGGAUCUCUCUUCUCAGCGCCUGGACGGCCCUCCUCGGCAAGCACUGGGGAGGGCAUUUCUGUCACCUAUAGCCGGUGAUUAGAACCAAAAUCUCUCAGAGGCUACAAGGUCUCUCCUCAGGCCGGUGACACCACUGCAGACAGAAUUCAAGUACGUCCCGUGGGCCGCAGGACGUUCACAGAGACACAGCCACCGAACAAGCUUGAAGACACUCCUUUGUAAAAACCGUUCCGUGGGUUCUUACAGAGCAUCAAAGAGGUCCCGUCCUGACCUUCGGGGAUUCGGGGUGCUUCCCUGAGCCCCCGUUCUUCCGCACCCCUCAUGCCUCCCGGCACCGCUGGGGGCCUCCCACUUUGGGCCGGGCUCGUGGACACCCACAGGCUGAGCUGAGGGUUGGGGGGUGCCUCUCCCCACAACGCUGAGGUUCUCAGGAGGUGUCCACCCUGCCGGGGCCCGAGGGCCCGGCUUGGAAUGGACUUAUGGGAUCGGCACAAACACCUCCACUAGGAAGCCCGGGCAGGACACAGACCUGAGGGGCUCGUGCUGGAGGCUGGGGGCCCCAAACUGGGGCCGAGGAAGCAGAGGUGGGGGCUCCCAACAGCCUCAGGUGACUAGAGGGAGAAUGGGAGACCCGGACCCCUACCUCCUUCCCCUCACCUUGUUCCUCUUCCCCCUCCCC